GGGCGGAGCAGCUAAGCCGGGGUCAGCUUGGCUUUAACUGCAGCUAAGGUAUUAGUUGGCAAGAUACAAACUGUAUACAGCAGAAAUGAUCAAAUGCAUUAGUAGCAACUUCAAUGUAUGCUGAAUAUUUGUAUUAGGACUCCGUCAUCAGACAAUUGGCAAUACAGGCACUUUUCAUCAGGUGUAUUUAAAGACGUAGGGGGCGAAUUCUGGAACAAACACACUUCCUCCUGUUUUCUUUGCUCUAUUUUCAUAAAUCUGCCCUCACACCAUCAUCACCAUCGCAGAGUAUUAAAAGGAAAGAAUUUUCUGCUUGACUGCUCCAUGCCACGCUUAUUACCCAUUAAAAGUAAGGACUGAAAUGGAACCAAAUAAAAGUUUAUCUUUCGGAAGUAUGGAUGAUAUUAGUUUUAGUGGCGACCGGCAUAGGUCACACAGAGUAAAUAACCAACUUGAAAGAUUUAUCAGAUUAGAGGAUGAAAACUAUAAUGACAUCAUGGAUCUUCCUAUAAGCACCUGGAAACACACAGGACUCAAAGAAUCAAAGAAUAAAUUAGGAGGCUCAGUUGACAGCAUAUUGUCUCAAACAUCAGUUCAAAACCCUGGAUGGAUGGCAGUAAAACCAAGCAAAUCCCAAGAUGCUCUGGUAUCUCCUUCACAUUCUAUUAAGUAUCAAAUGUGGCCAAGCAAAGAAAAUGUACUUGAGAGUUCAGAAAUUGAUGAUGUUGUAGGAGAUGAAAUAAACUUUAAAUCCAGGCGACAAUUACAAAAGGAGACCACAGAGGAAUACGAGGGCACAUCCUUCACUGCUUCCCCAUCAUUAUCUCACAGUGCUUUAGAAGCUGCUACACUGCCGGAACAAAGCAGGUCAGAAGGGGAACAGUUACAGAAUUAUUUGCAAGAAAUGGAAGCCUACCAUCAGUGGACAAAGGCCACAGGCCCAGAUCUUGAAGGUUCUGAAGAAACCAAACCUAAUCAUUUUCAGGCUGCAGAAUACAGUGAGGCUCUGAAUAUCUCCAUGCCUCUCCUGAAAUCAAUACUCAUGGAACGAGAGGCCAAAAUAAGUGACCUGAGCAAGGAAAUUAGGAGAAUACAAAGUGAAAAUCUACGACUUUUGGAUGAAAAGCAGAAUUUUCUGUUGGAAAAUAAUAGGCUGCGAAAACAAGUUGAGUCUACAAGAUUUAACAAAGAAAGAAAAGAACAUGAUGUUUUUGAUUCCUUUGACCCAAGCUCUCCAACAGUUCUUCAGAGACAAAUCGGUAACCUCAAAAACCAGAUUAAUGACCUCCAAGAAGCCAAUGAAAGUGCAGUAUUGGAGUUAUCAAAAGCUGAUGAGGAGAUCUGCCAGCAAAGAAAGGAUCUAGCCAAGCUCAAAGCGGAAUACCACCAAAAGUUAGAGGAUUCUCAAGAACAAAUAAAGAUUCUUACAGAAAAGAUCACUCUGGCAUCAUCUAGAUUACCUCAACCAGAGAACUACCAAGAGGGCCUUCAGAAGGAAAUUAUUCAGCUGAGAGGUGAAUGCAGAAGACUAAGGACAGAGAGUCAUCUUGUAGGUGAAGAAAACUACAGGCUUAAAGAGGACUUAUGGGAUCUUAGAAUGCAGCGGGAUAGUUUGCUCACAAGAGAUGAGCAAAACUUUAAGAGUGAAUGGGUUCCAAACAAAUGGACCAGUUCGUCUGAUAAGAAACUUCAGGGCGACAGCUGGAGCUCAGAAGAGAAUAGUCUUUACAGGAAUGAAGCUUUUAAAGUUGAUGGAACAUUUUCAAAAUGCAAAGCAGCCUCAGGAUCUGUGAUCAUAAAAGAACCAUGGGAAAGGAAUCUGGAAGAACAUUUUACACGCAACACCUCUCCAUAUUCAAUGUACAGCGAAAAUACAGAUAUUUUGGUCCAGGGAUACCAAGACGGCCAGGGUAAAACUUUGCAUGCCAACGUCAAUGGAGGUGGACAUGAAGGUAUCCAGGAGAUGAGAGAGGAUGGCUUGUGUUCUACUAGUCACAUACAAGACAAUGUAAUUUCCCAAUCUCAGCAGUAUGGAAAUAAUGACUAUUCUCCAUUCAGCAAAACAGUAAAUAACAAGAGGCAACAUGUGUCUGUUUUGCCAAGACGCCCAUUUGCUCCGAAAAGUGCUGCAGACCUGAAACUUGGUGAUUUAGUGAAAUUCUCGCAUCAAGGUGGCAAAAUAAGUAAGGGAACAGUGCAGUACAGGGGUCCCCUGCCUGGCAGAGAAGAGGUGUACCUAGGAGUGGAACUGGAAGGAGGAGAUCUUGGGAAGCAUGAUGGUGUGUUCCAAGGAACUCGAUACUUCUUGUGCAAACCAAACAAAGGUGCUUUUGUAAACUUCAGCAAAAUUAUAAUGGCAUGGAGUUAAAUGUCUUGCGCUGAGGACACUUCAAAAGUGAAAAGUUCAAGCAGCUGGAUACAAGUGAAGAACUGCAAUUUUUUAAUCUAAAGCUAAACCUUGUCAACUUCAUGAGUAAUGCGUAGUGGAGGAUUUAUUCUGACAACAUUUUACAGCCAAGCCACAAUACUUGUACAGUUACAAGGAUUUAUUUUUUUGUCCAGGCAUUUUGAUAAAACAAGAGAUAUUAAAUAUCUUCAACUAGGUGCAUUUGCUUUCUACAUCAGAAGGUAGAUUUUAUUUCAUGUAUAUAUAUUUUCUGUUUAACUUUUCGCACUUACAAAUGUUUAUUACAAUUUUACAGUUGGAGCAUCUGGGGACAUGUUUUUGGCUUAUAUUAAACAAUUAGAUGGACUUGA